CUUUAUUGUUCAAAAAACGUUAUCUUUCUUUCCAAGCGUAACUUUAUCUGCGUCGUCAAUACAGGAUAAAUUUCCCCCAGCCAGCCAGCCAGCCAGCUUUGGUUCAACUGGACUGGCUCUGGAAUAGCUGUCAGCUGACCAGUUUUGGCGUCGGCGACUGGUUCGGGGUGCAUUGAACUGAUACCCAUCUCUCUGGUUUUGAUCCCCGUCACGUCUGUCAACCUCUCUCUUUAUUAAUAGGACGUUUUCACGCUCUUCCUGCUCUCCAGUUCCUCUCCUAAUGGCGGCCGCAACCACCUCCCCCAACCCCAUCCGGAGGAACGGCAGCUUCGCUCCCGAGCGCGAGAGCUUCCACAAGUUCUUCGAGUGCUGGCUGGUGGAGCAGAACCAGCACCUCCACGACCUCAUCUCCGCCUCCUCCCCUGCGCGGGACGGCGAUGACCAAGCCCUCCGCCCCCUCAUCGACCGAGUGAUGCUCCACUACGAGCAAUACUACAAGGCCAAAUCGCGGUCUGCCAAGCAGAACGUGCUCGCCAUGUUCUCGCCGACGUGGAGGAGCUCGUUCGAGGAUGCCUUCCUCUGGAUCGGGGGAUGGCGCCCCAGCAUGGCCUUCCACCUCCUCUACUCAAAGUCCGGCCUCCAGCUCGAGGCCCAGCUUGCCGAGCUCAUCCGGGGCCUCGCCACCAGUGACCUCGCUGACCUCUCCCCGAGCCAGCUCGCCCUCAUCGAUGACCGGCAGAGGACCACGAUCCAUCAGGAGAAGGCUAUCACCGAGAAGUUCGCCAAGCACCAGGAGACGGUUGCCGACGCGUCCAUGGUGGAGCUCUCGCACACCAUCACGGAGAUGAUGCGCGCUGGCGGCGGGGAUGCAGCAGUGGAGAACGAAGCUGCGAUGGAGGAGGAGGUGGAGAGCGCUCUGGCAGCGAAGGAAGAGGGGCUGGAGGAGAUGCUGCAGAUGGCGGACGAUCUCAGACUGAGCACGCUCAAGGAGAUUCUCAACAUCCUGACCUCGAUGCAAGCGGUGCAUUUCCUGAUAGCAGCUGCGGAGUUGCACCUGAGGAUUCACGAGUGGGGGAAGAAGAAAGACGAAGCUCAAGCUCAAACUCAUCAUCUAGAAGCUCAUGCGACCGCGCAAUAACACUCGUUCUGCUUCAGGUUCCUCUUGCACAACGAGUAGUAGUCUUAGUCAUUUUGGGAUUUGCUGGUUUUCUCUUAAACUAAUCAAGCGUUACUGUGGAAUUAGGAUGUGUUAGGUUGGAUUUUACUUGGAAGAAGCGGUGUCCUAUAAUUAAUACCUUCUUUUUGGGGGCAAAAGUCGUGUAAUACUCCAAUUACAUGAUGAUCCCUUCUAAUGAAAUCGAAGCUUCCUCUC